AUGGCUGUUGAGCUGUCUGCGUCUCGCCAAGAGGACCGCGGGCGGGGCAGGAGCCUGGAAAAAUACUGCCUUUGUCGGCGGCUCGUGUCACUCACCGAGCAGAGUACCUCGGGCUGCAGAGCUUGGAUCUCUCUUACUCCAGGUCCAGAGUGUGGAGGCUCUGGGACCACUGGCAGGAGCUGCUCCCUGAGACGGAGCCAGAGGCCUCGAGCCCAGGUUAUUCCUAGAGCCUCGCAAAGCGCUCUCCCGGCCCCCGAGUUGGAGCCUUUGUCUAGGCCUCCCCCCACCUCUAGGGCCGUGGGUGGCGGACGUGCCCGAGCCGGGUGGCGGAAGCCGCGUCUGCACCUGCCCAUAGGUCCCGUGAGCCGGCUUUGCGCGGCCUUAACCCGGCUUGCGCCUCCGUGUGCCCCCGAGAUCCGCCUUCCGCGGCCCUUAUCCUGCGUGAUCGCGUGUUCGGACGGGUUCGUUCCUGCGGGAGAACACAGCAGUCCCGUGUCCAACGCAGAUGCUCCAAUUAACGUGGAGGCCUCGGCCAAGCCUUCCUGCCUGCCUUUCGAGGAUGGCAACCCCAGGGUCUCAGGAAACCUGGCGGGGGCUCCCUUUCCUCCCCCCCCCCCCCCCAACCCCCAACACACACCAACGCCCAGGCCCGGAGUGCGAGAAGAGAGACCCACCCAGCCGAGGGAUAAUUUGAACCUCGCCUUCGGGACGAAAAGCGAAUUACCUACUUUUCCGAGAGCUCGAAGCCUGCCAACCGAGGCGCCGAUCGUUGCCCGAGGAAAGCUUCUGUUACGCUCCGGCGUUAAUAGCCCCGCGACCAGCCCGCGGGCGGGCGGCCCCUCACAUUGGGUCCCGGGAUUCGAGCUAGAGUGGGCAGCGUUGCCUGACAAGGGCGAUUGUCCCUGGGGUCUUGUCUUUGAGAAACUCCGCGAGGCUCCACGGACACAAAACAGGUUCGAGGCAUUUUUACACGUUGAUGAAAAAUCUUACGAGAAGCCGGAGCCCCGCGCGCGCCACAAUGGAGCGGAGCGGAAGGCACAGCGCGGGUCUGGGCAGAUGGGUGCCUUAGGGCCGAGACGCGCCUGUUCCCAGAUGGAUGGGGCUCUGCACCCCUGCCCAGCGCCUUUACCUGCGUCACGGCGAGACGCAGAGGCAGGAGGAGCCCCGGGUUCCGGCCCGCGACCCCUUGACGCUGCCCAGAGCCAGACUGAGAAAAGAAGACGAGUCAUGCGCGUGGAUCUGGGCCGGGCCAGACGCCGGAGCAAGCCGCGCUGGAUGGCUCACCCCGCAGUGCUGAAUGCGCAGCACCCCGACUCUCAUCCGGGCCUGGCGCACAACUACAUGGAGCCUGCGCAGCUGCUGCCUCCGGACGAAGUGACUCUUUUCAACCACUUGGAUUCGCAGGGCAACCCCUACUACGCCAACCCGGCCCACGCGCGAGCGCGCGUCUUAAGCCCAGCUCAUGCCCGCUUGACCAGCGGCCAGAUGUGCCGGCCGCACUUGUUGCAUAGCCCUGGGUUGCCCUGGCUGGACGGGAGUAAAGCAGCCCUCACCGCUGCUACAGCACACCACCACAACCCCUGGACUGUGAGCCCCUUUUCCAAGACACCGCUGCACCCCUCAGCUGCUGGAGGCCCUGGAGGCCCCCUCUCCGUGUACCCAGGGGCGGGGAGUGGGAGUGGGGGAGGCAACGGGGGCUCUGUGGCCUCUCUCACCCCCACUGCAGCCCACUCUGGCUCCCACAUUUUUGGCUUCCCACCCACACCACCCAAGGAAGUGUCUCCUGACCCCAGCACCACCGGGGCUGCCUCCCCAGCCUCCUCUUCCGUGGUGGGUAAUGCAGCCCGAGGAGAGGACAAGGAUGGUGUCAAGUACCAAGUUUCACUGGCUGAGAGCAUGAAGAUAGAAAGCAGCAGUCCCCUGCGCCCAGGCCUGGCUGCUGUGGGCACCCAGUCUGCCACACAUCACCCCAUUCCCACCUACCCCUCGUAUAUGCCAGCUGCCACCCAUGACUACAGCAGUGGACUUUUCCAUCCUGGAGGCUUCCUAGGUGGCCCUGCCUCCAGCUUCACCCCUAAGCAACGCAGCAAGGCACGCUCUUGCUCAGAAGGCCGGGAGUGUGUCAACUGUGGGGCCACAGCUACUCCUCUCUGGCGGCGAGAUGGCACCGGCCAUUACCUGUGCAAUGCUUGCGGGCUCUACCACAAGAUGAACGGGCAGAACCGGCCACUUAUCAAGCCCAAACGGAGACUGUCAGCUGCCAGGAGGGCAGGCACCUGUUGUGCAAAUUGUCAGACGACAACCACCACCUUAUGGCGCAGAAACGCCAAUGGGGACCCUGUCUGCAAUGCCUGUGGCCUCUACUACAAGCUGCACAAUGUGAAUAGGCCACUGACCAUGAAGAAGGAAGGGAUCCAGACUCGAAACCGGAAGAUGUCCAACAAGUCCAAGAAGAACAAGAAGGGGGCAGAGUGCUUUGAAGAGCUGUCCAAGUGUAUGCAGGAGAAGGCCUCCCCCUUUAGCGCCGCUGCCCUGGCUGGACAUAUGGCACCUGUGGGCCACCUCCCACCCUUCAGCCACUCUGGACACAUCUUGCCCACCCCAACUCCCAUCCAUCCCUCCUCCAGCCUCUCCUUUGGCCACCCCCACCCAUCCAGCAUGGUGACCGCCAUGGGUUAGGGACAGCUCUCCAUGAAUGGACAGAUUGAUGCAGAGGAGGGUGGCCUGCAACUGAAGGCUGGAUGCUCCCAAGAUGAGUAGACCAAAACCUUACCUAUCUGCCCUUCUGCAAAGACUGAUGCCUCUCUUGUCAGCCCAGCCUGAGCCCCUUGCUGCCUCACCUGUGGGUGCUCUUCUCAGCAGUUACCAGUUACCAUGAAGAUUCUCAGUGGGGCUGAGAGGUCAUCUCAGCCAAGCUGCUACCCAUUUGGGGUUCCCAUCACAGACAAUUGUUUGGAGAGCAGAAAGGAUCACUUUAUGAAGAGAGAAGGUGGGGGUAGGGGGCAAACAAAGGAAACCAGUUUUUGAAGGAAGAGAGUAGGCAAAAUAAUUUAUUUUUGCUUUUUUCUAACAAGGACUGGGGAACUUGGUAGGUCUGAGCCACCCCUGGCUCUGCCCAUCUUCCUCAGCUUGGCCGUUUGUCAACUUGCCAGGGCUCUGAGGAAGGACAGGUCUGGGAGGGACUUAAGCCUGCACCUUCUCAGGCUUCCCUCUCUAAAAUGCUGAGCCCCAGACUGAGUCUAGCCAAUCUAGAAGUCAUAGCCUACCAGAGGCUAAGCCAAUGUGUGCCCUGCUGAUGGACCCUGGAGAGUAGAGACAAUCAUAGGCGGUCCUACAUGUAUUCCCAGGCCAGGGCUGGGUCACAGGAAGGAAACAACAUUUUCUUGAGAGGGGAAAUGUCUCCCAGCACGCUCCCCUGGCUCUGAAGCUGAAACUGGUAUGAUCUGUGUCCCUUUAACACUAGAACCACAGCCUGCCUACUCUGCCAGGUGGACCCCUGUACAUACAUCCUUUUUCUGCUCGCCUCUUGAACCCCUUCCCUCCCACUAUGAAACAAAAGAAAAAAAUAUUUUUUAAAAAAACUGCAUAAGCUUAACUCAUUGAUGAGUUAUUUUAAUUCUAAACUCUUUUCAGGUCCAGUCAAUUAAACUUUGCUACAGAAGCCUUUGUUAUGGAAAGGAAUAAAACCUACAAGUCAAGGCUGUAGCUUUGGAAUUAUUUUUGGAAAAGUUUUUGGAUCCCACAGUCCUAGAAUGGGGAACUGGGGACAAGAGGCAGGGCCUUGGCUUCUAGGGGUUGGUAUGGCAGGUGGCAAAGGGGUGUGAGUCAGAGACAGGAUUGAAGGAGAGACCAUGACCCUGCUGGGGUCCAGGAGACAUGGAUUCUGCUCUGCUUUGCCAUGGCUGUCUGGAUCCUUCCCAAGGUACAGUUGUACAUAAUCUUGUCUGAGUUUAGAUUCUGUGUGCGUUAGUGGUGGGGUUUGGUGGCUGGAGAGGGCCAUGCCCAGGAAGAGAAUUGUGCUGAUGUAUAGUUGACCAAGUGCAAUAAGGGCUGGCGAUUGCUGCCGGGGGCACUACCACCAGAAGUAACUUAUUUUGUAUUAGCAUCCACGUAAGAAGAAGCGACAGUAUUUUCUGUUUUUAUGUUUUAUUUGGCUUGUUUUAUUUUGGAUUAGUGAACUAAGUUAUUGUUAAUUAUGUACAACAUUUAUAUAUUGCCUGUAAAAAUUGUAUGCUAUCCUUAUAUGCCUUUAAAGUGAAUACUGUUAAUAAAAUACUUUUUGUG